UCUCUCUCUCUAACCUUUUUCUGUUCUGUUCUGGUCUGUCUUUUUAGUUUUUACCUUCCCCGCUUUAUUUUAUUCUUUGAAAAAUUAAGAGGAAGUUUCAGUUCUUAUAAGCCAUAAAAAGAGACACCAGCUUACACUACUAAAUUACAAGGGUGAGAAAGAGGAGAGAGAGAGAGAGAGGGAGCGGUGGCCCAGCUGAGUCUAUGGCUGACCGACCUUGAGAAGGCAUGUAGGAUAAGAAGAAGGGAGGAGUGAGAAAGAAAGAGAGAGAAAGGGAUGAAAUAUUCUCUUUAGCUUUGAUGAGUUUUGGUUUUUUCUUCUGAGAUUGAAGCAAAGUAAAGGAAAUCUGCGUAAGAAGAGUCCGAUUUUGUAGAGUUUAUUUUUAGUUUUAAAAUUGUUUUUGCCUGGUGGGUUUUGUUGGAUUCAAGUUUGAGUUUGGUUUUUUGUUUGUUUGGGCAGAAUCGGAGAAUCGGGAGUUGAAUAUACGAAGUGAUUUAUCUGUUUGUGCUUGUGCGUAGUCCGCUCGUCUUUGGAGUUUGGAGAAGAAGCUUUCCGUUUUUUGCUUUGUACGAUAUCAGUUUUGGAUUUUGGAGAGCUAGUUCUUCGGGGGUGCUAAGUGCUAACUAAACUAAAAGGAAGGACACCCGCCUUGUUCGUCUGCUUGCUUGAAUUCAGACAUGCAAAUGAUGUCUGGAGAUGGGCUUUCAAUUCCCUCUUCAGUCAGAGGGUUUCCUCAGGAACCAAUUUCAAACCCUAAUCCUAAUCCUCCUAAUGCUAAUCCAGUUGUCAAGAAGAAACGAAAUCUACCCGGAACACCAGAUCCAGAUGCGGAGGUCAUUGCUCUAUCUCCCAAGACUCUCAUGGCAACCAACCGGUUCGUCUGCGAAAUCUGUAACAAAGGUUUCCAGAGGGACCAGAACCUGCAGCUUCAUCGACGAGGGCACAACUUGCCAUGGAAGCUUCGACAGAGAACCAGCAAAGAAAUCCGGAAGAGGGUAUACAUCUGCCCCGAGAAGAGCUGCGUUCACCACGAUCCAUCCCGGGCGCUCGGAGAUCUUACCGGAAUAAAGAAACAUUUCAGCAGAAAACAUGGCGAGAAGAAGUGGAAGUGCGAGAAAUGUUCCAAGAAAUAUGCAGUCCAGUCCGACUGGAAAGCUCACACCAAGACUUGUGGCACUAGAGAGUAUAAAUGCGACUGUGGAACACUCUUCUCCAGGAAGGACAGCUUCAUCACCCACAGAGCCUUCUGUGAUGCCUUAGCAGAAGAGAGUGCUCGACUCACUUCGGCUGCAGCCACCAACCUCAACUUCAGAACGGAUUCCAUCAAUGACGCCACGUCGACUAUGCCGCAUGGGUUUGGAGGCCGAGGAGGACCAAACGCCACUGCUGGUAUCCCUCCAUUAUGCCCGGUUUUCAGGCCAGAAUUCGCCGGCCCCGAGGCCACCAAUGUUCUAGAUGCAAACCGGCAGAAACCAAGGCUGUCGCUGUGGCUGGAUCAAGCCAAUUCUCAUUUGAAUCCCAUUGAUGCGGCAGCUAAUUCUAAUGCUUUCUUGGCAACGAGUUCAACGGGUUUGCCUGAAUUGGUGCAAAUGGCAUCGACCAAUAUGUUCAGCUCCUCCUCUUCAUUGGUCGAUUACGGAGGAUGCGUUCAGCCGCAGUGGCCGUCGACGGGUGGGAAUCUGUCUUUAUCAACAUCCCCGCGUGGAUUAAAAGAGGAGAAUGGAAACAAAGGCCAGUUGGUAGAAAGCUUAGCGCCUUUGUAUUCCAACAACAACCAAAACCAGCAAGCAAACUCAGCCCACAUGUCAGCGACUGCACUUUUACAGAAGGCAGCUCAAAUGGGAUCGACUAGGAGCAACCCCUCAUUACUCGGUAGCUUCGGAGUGGUGAGCUCGUCUUCCUCAGAUACAACAAGCUUCAAUCCUCACGUCCAAAACAGAAACGAGUUCCACCAGUUAAUGAGGCAAGCUGCAAAUCAACCGGAGAACAUAAACGAGCUGAUGAAUUCGAUAUCCACGGCAACCGCCACCACAGGGGUUGGUGAUGGAAUGGUGGGUGGGUUGAAUUUAAGCUCAUUAACGGGCACAGUAAACAAUCUCGACCGUCUAAUGAUCCCGCAGGGUGGAAAACAAGGUCAAUCAGUUCCAGUUCCACAAAAGUUCCUCUCGACCGCAAAUGAAGUGGAACACAGUCUUACGAGAGAUUUCCUAGGCGUAGGAGGAGAUGCCGGCAGGCCAUUCUUACAGCAAGAGUUAGCGAAAUUUGCUUCGAUGGGUUCAGCCAUGAACUUGAGUCAAUACAGUAGCACCCACUGAACUGUUGCUCCAUUACUUUAAUUUGACAAAAAAUCCUUGUCGUAAGAUACAAUAACAAGCAGCGUAAGAGUAAGACAAACAGAACAGAAGUUGACUGUGGCGAGAACGCCCAAACUCUAAAGGCCUUGGUUACCGAGUCGGACCGGUCCGUUGAAGCUGCAAAGAGUUCUCCACACAGCGACGGCUGUGGCUGUGUCUAGAGAGAGAGAGAGGGAGGAGUUGAGAAUGACCGAAUGCGAAUCGUCAGAGACGGAUGGGUGGGGGGCAGUUGUCAGUGCAGCAGGUGGAAGCAACUCGGCAUUGCGGAGGGGAAGUCCUUGGAGUCACGCAUGUUGUUGGUUAAUCUAUCAGGCCUGGCCCUAGCUUUCUUCCCAUCAUUUCUUGCUUUAAAACUAAACAGCGCGGAAAACCACAAGAUGCGUUGACUGCCGGUCAAAGUAUACCGGCCGAUGAUGUCAACGUUGUUUUGAAUCUUCGGAGUUGGGAUCGAUGCGUUUUUUUCCCUUUGGCGUUUCUUUCAAUUAUCUCAUCAGUUUUUCAUCAUUCGUAGUCUAAAUACAUUUUCUUUUUUUCUUUUUUUUCGUUUCUUCUCUGGACGAGGUCUCUUCUAAACUCGAAUAUAAUUGAGAUUGAAUGAACUCAAAGGAGUAAUGAAAGCCGUUGUUUUCAUUC